AUGCAUUUGCUCGCGCACUGGUGUCAAGCACUGCUUACAACUUUGCUGUGCAGCCUGGCAUUUGCGUUUGUUCAAGCGCAUGCUCCCGCGGAGCACGACUUGCCUGAUCACGAUGGCAUCCAACUUCGUGGUCCUUCGAUGCACCUGAAUACAUCCCGGUCCAUGACGCUACCAACCAAAUACAUAUCGAUCUACCAGACCGGAGACUGCGAGACGGAGAAACAAUCGACAGCGCGCUCGACCAUUUUGACAAGCUUUAUCAGACCGUCGCUCUCAACAACGACGAUAUGCUCUGACACUUCAGCGCGGUCCAUCAGCACACCUUGUUACUUCUGCUACGACUUCAGCCAUGUUGGAGUCCACCACCCCCUCCGAUGUGCCGCCGAGUUCGGCUCUCGAUAUCUCAACCAGCGUGUCGACGUCUGCGUUGCCUGUGGCGAUAUCAACGUCGAGCGAGUCUUCCAGCUCCGCCUCAACAGCCACGAGUCCUGCACCGUCUGCAGCGACCAGCUUGAUACCACCGUCAUUGUCGCCAGAUUCUUCGAUCGGUCCGUCGCUUUCGGCUGUCACAUCUACUGCUCCGGCCGGUUCUGUAAUCGUCCGCCUUCGAGCGAGGUCACUGCUUCCGACGUUGCUACUGCUUCGACGAAUUUCACUACUUCUAUGGAUUACACUGCGUCGACAGAGUCCACUACGUCGACAGGUUCCAUUGCUUCGAGCGAUCUCACUUCUUCAGUCGAUCUCACUGCUUCCAGUGGUGUCAUCGCUCCAAACGAUCCUACUGCUUCGAACAGACCUACCGCGUCGAAUACUCCUGAUCCCAUCGGUACUGCUACGUUCACCAAUCCAGCGACUUCAAACAAUCCUCCUGCUUCGACCGGUCCUUCUGUGCCAAUUCUUGCACCUAUUCCAGUGGUUCCACCUGUCCCGGGCCUGCCUCCAGUCCCGAUUCCGCCUCCUGUUCCGGUUCUAAUUCCCGUGCCAAUCCCCCCUCCUGCUGACGGUCCCGAUGCUGCGCCAGUCCCGACACCUGCUCCCAACGAUCCUGAACCCAUUGAAUCAGAUCCUGAGAGUCCUGAUCCCUGCGACAUGAACGUCGCUUCAGGAAUGUGCUCAAAUGGGAACUAUCCUGUCUUCGACGCAGCGGCAGGCACAAUUUCGUACUACGGCCGCUACUUUGCGGGUCGUACAGAUGAUCCUCGUGCAGGCUGGAAACUCGAAGGCUGUGAGGUCGAGGAGUACCCAUUCGGAUCUGGCAAUCCCGAUCGAAGCCUCAGUGGAGACUCUGUCCUGCCCUUGAUCCCUGGAAGUCGAGAGAACAGCAGGCAUGGCAAUCACAUGAAGCGAUGGAUCAACACAGUGAGCACGAGGUGGCGCGAUGCUAACAAUCCAGCUGGCAACCUGCGAACCAACGGCUUGGUCUAUUGCGUGGCGUUCAAUGAUGACUUCACGCAAUACCUGCCAGAAGAUCAAGUCGACAAGAACAUCUGCUCGCAGCCAUACGGACCAUCAUUUGGCCUGGUCACUGAACAGAGGAAGACCGAUGCCAGUGGGAAUGAGUACCGCGCGUGGGAUACGUGUAGUCCAUCUCCCGGCACCCAAGAAUUCGUCUCGGGACAAUGGCAGUUGGCGGAAGGAUUUAGUCCAGCGCCUAGAGCUAUGAACGGCAACGUACUGGAAGCACAAUGCACGGACGCUGGGGCAUCGCGCGCUGUCGUGAAGCGUCACACUUCCAAUGCCACCCUCGAUUACGGCAGUGUUAAAAAACGAGAUCAUGCCAGAGACCUGCUCUCACGACAGACCUCCGGCGGAUUCCUGGACGCAAACAUCUACAAGUACUUUGGCUGCGGCGGCGACGACUCUGACGACGGCGAUCCGUAUCUCGGCGACUUUCAAUCUUCCUGA